AGUGGUCGUAGUUAAUCUAGAAGUGUCUUUCAUGUUGGUAGUACAUUAUGAUUUUUAGUUGAAGUGUCCUUACUUAUUUGGUAUUGAAUUUGAAACAGUUGAAUUUAUUGGGAGAAAUGGCGCCAUCAUUGUGGGCUAAGACUGGAUUCCAAAUAUGUAUUUUUGUCAGUUUCUUAUUAUUUGCAAUUCUCAUAAUAAGCACUGCUUUUCUACACAUUUACUUAGCAAUAAAACAAGAUGAACUUCUUAUGAAAGUGAACCAAACAGAAGAUAUGCAGACUGAUUCUGAAAUCACUUCAGCUGGUGAUGAAAUGCUCCCUGAUCUGCCUCGAACUGGCAUGCAGUCUAAUUUUGUAAAUACUGCUGAUUCUGAUCCCCCUGCCAUAGCGGAUGGAUCUGGCUCUAAAUAUGAACCAUAUGGACAGCUACCAACACCAUUCGCUGCUAAGGAACUAUCCAGUGUGGACAGAUUUAUCAACAACAAUAAAAAGUUCCAUUCAAAGAUAAAUUCUCCUGGUCAAAAUAUGGUAAUGGAUCCUGUAGGUUCUUUUUUGAAAAUGGCCAAAGACCUCAAUGCAGACCAAAAUUCUAUUGAAAAAGCUGCCAAAAUCAUACAGAGACUCAAAAGAUCUGCACCUAUUUCACCAUCUUUUUAUAGGAAUGUUGUAAAAAAUCGCAAAAAUGCAGCAUUCAACAGAUUGCAUCGCAAAUCCUAUUUACAUAGUGUUCCUAUUCUCAAGAAUGCUUUUAAAAAUAGCUUUGUUGGGUAUCCAGCCUUUUAUGGUUUAUGGUCCAAAGGUAGCCCUUCUCGUAAUCUUGUUCAGAAUAGAGAAUCCUUACGCCAAUCUGAAGAUGACUUGACUGGUAAUAACAAUGCACAUCCAUUGUCAAUGAACAGCAUUUUGAAAGAAAUGAUGACUUUGAAAGGAAGUGGUGCAAAAAUGGGUAAACCCAGUGAAAACCAUCCAUUUUAUGGGGGAAAAUAUCGUCUUCAAUUUGCAAACCCGUUACUACAAGAAGCCACUACAAAUCCAAUGUCAACAAUGCAAGCUGGUAACAUGACUAUGAUGUCCAUGUCCACAAUGCAAGCCAGUGAUAUGACUACAAUGCCUAUGUCUACAAUGCAAGCUGGUGACAUGACCAUGAUGUCCAUGUCAACAAUGAAACCUGGUGACACAACAAUGAUGCCUGGUGACAUGACCACAAUGUCAACUUCGACAACCGAAUGCAGACUUUGCCAUUCAAAAAGUGAUUCUUCUGAAGAUAUGGGCAAAGCAGGGCUAGAAUUGCCAGACAAUGAUUCUUCUAAAGAAAUUAUUGAACCAAGAAGAGAUUCUGUGGACAAUGACUCAUCUAAAGAAAUUAUGGAACCAGAAAGAGAUGGGUCUUGUGAUGGUCCAGAUUGUUUUGAUUGCAAUGAUAUGAAUAUUUGCAACCUACACAGUAAAUUUGGUAGUAAAAAAGCAGCUCGGGAUACUUUAGAAGACCUUAAAGUUCCUACAAGUAAAGAAAAACAUAUUUUGAAGCAAAUCAACGCUAUAGUAAAAAGAAAUGUUGGAUCAGUGAAUCACAUUCAGAAAUCUGAACACAAACAAGGAUAUAUGAAAUCAAAUCUUGAUUUGAGCUUAUUUAGCAUAUUUGCUCCAAGAAGAAAAAUGCUGCGUAACACACUACAAGAUGAUGGUACCAUUGAUGCUAAGUAGGGAUCAUAGAAAUCAUAAUAAUACUUAUUGUCAGCUACCCUGUACCUAUGUAUAUCUAAAAAUUAGCUAGCAUAAAUUAUUUGGUGAAAUCAUUGUAAGUAAGUACAUAGGUAGAUAUUUGCUGACAUUAUAUAGAUACCUAUCUGAGAGUAUGAAAUAAAAAUUUGUUAACUAGGUA